AUGGAUUACCAAAACAGGGCAGGCUCCAAAAAGGGCUCAGGUGGCAUUGCAUCGUCAUCCCAAGAGAAUCUUCACAGGAGGAAACAAGUUGAAGAUCUUCUGAAAGAUGGUGAAGAAGUGCCAUAUUCUUUCCAAGGGAUCAGCAAGGAAGACGAGGAACUAAGUAAGAAGAACCCCUAUAUUUAUAAAAACCAUGCAGGACGCCUGGUUUGCAAGCUUUGCAAUACAAUCCACAUGUCAUGGACUAGUGUAGAGAGACAUCUGGAGGGCAAGAAGCAUGGUUUGAAUCUCAUAAGGAGAGGUGGUACAACCUCUUCACAGCAGCAAGACGCAGUGUCACCAGAAGAGCUUAAAUUCAAAAAAACAGUGGAGCAACUCCGUUCACAAAUCAAAGAUAACGGUAUAGUACCGAACUACCAAGUUGCAAAAGUUCGAGAUCCCACAACAAACAGUCGUGGAAUUGCAAUGAGAGUCAUAUACACAAAUCCCGAACCUUCCGAGGAUGGCGGUGAUCGGCCAUAUGUAAGGAUAAUGUCAAGCCUUGAAUUCACCAGAGAAGAAAGUGACAAAAAGUAUCUGAUUAUAGCUUUUGAACCCUUCAAAGCUAUUGCAAUAGAGAUACCUAACGAAGAAAUCUUAACCAAUAGCGCAGCUUUCAACACAUCUGGUGCCAAAUCGGUUGAUGAUUUCAAUAGCAAGUUUACCUACUGGGACGAAGACAAUCAGACUCUUUACGUACAGUUUUUUUUUAAGGAUUAA